GUAAUUUGUUUAUGACUUAAUUGGCAACAAUAAAAAUGGCUGGAACGGUAGAAAUAAAUUUGCUCACUGGAUUAAGAUACUUCACAUAUGCCGUUACCCCAAAUGAAACAUCGUUUGAAAGAGUUGAAGAUGUCCCUAACUAUGUGCAGCAGGUGACUCCCUACUUUAUCCUUGCUGUGUUGCUGGAGUAUGUUAUUUGUAUGGCUACAGGAACACGAAAGCUUCGUCUGUCAAAUGAUGGCUACAUUUCCAUGAGUCAAGGGUUGUGCUCAGAGAUUCCUAAGUUGUUCGCUAGGUCAGCAGAGUUGGCUGCCUAUAUGUACAUAUAUGACAACUGGAGGAUCAUGGAACUGCCCUGGAACUCUGCAAUUACCUGGUGGCUGGCUUUCUUUGGUGUAGACAUUGGCUAUUAUUGGUUCCAUAGAUAUGCACAUGAGAGUAACAUUUUGUGGGCAGCCCACCAGGUCCACCACAGCUCUGAAGAUUAUAACCUAAGUACUGCCCUCAGACAAUCAGUGCUCCAGAAAUACACAUCUUGGGUGUUCUACAUUCCACUGGCUUUCUUCAUUCCACCCUCAGUGUUCCUGGUCCACAUACAGUUUAACCUUCUCUACCAGUUCUGGAUACAUACAGAGCUUGUUGGUACAUUGGGUCCCCUAGAGUACAUCCUGAACACCCCAAGUCACCACAGAGUACAUCAUGGUAGAAACCCCUAUUGUAUUGACAAGAACUAUGCUGGUACACUCAUCAUAUGGGACAGGAUGUUUGGAACAUUUGGCCAGGAAGAUGAGGAGGUUGUGUAUGGUCUGGUACAUCCAAUCAACACCUGGCAAAUGGAUAUCAUACAGUUAGGCCAUUUAAAGUAUAUGUGGGGUUUGUUGUGCUCUACCCCUGGUCUGUCAAACAAGCUCUCAGUCAUAUUCAAAGGUCCCGGGUGGACUCCGGAAAAACCUAAUCUCCGACUUGGAGACCCUAAUGACCUUCCAGAGGUGAAAGCUCCAGUCCAGACUUACAACAAAAUGAACCCAUUGUGGGUAAAUGUCUAUGUCUAUAUCCAGUUCUUCAUCACAUUGGGGAUAAACCAAGAAUUGACUCUCAGGAAAUUGGGGAUGUCUCAAAGUACAGUUCUGCUAGCUGCUUUUUUCCUCAUGUUCACAUUGUACACUUCAGGGGCCAUCUUGGACCAACAGCCGCAUGGACCUGUUCUAGAGUGUUUGAGAUGUGCUGCAUUCUGUGGUAUUAACAUGUACAUUGUUAGUCAACUAGACACUGUACCUGUCAUACUGCACAUUCUACAGGGACUGUUUAUUGCAUUCACAGCAGUUUGGGCAGUACAAAGUCUAAAUAUUGUGACUGGAAAGAACAGCUAUAAAGCAGAAAUGACAACCACAAAUACAAAGGUUGACUAAACAAAGCAAUGAAGGUGUUUUUAGUCACAAGACCAG